AUGACGUAUAAUCUGGUGGAAGAUCUGUUGGGAGAGUUUGAGUAUGAAGUCCAAGGUCCAUAUUUACUUUACCGUAAUGCAGCUCAAGAAGUUAAUGGCAUUUGGUUUUACAAUCAAAGUGAAUGUGAUGAGGUUGCACGUCUCUUCGGCAGAUUACUUAGCGCAUAUUCCAAGGUCAACCAGAAGCCAGAUACGUCAUCUUCGAAAACGGAGUUUGAGGAAUUGGAAGAUGUGCCUACAGUGGCGGCAGUUAUGGAUGGUCCUCUUGAACCAUCUUCAAGUGGUAGAGAUGCCCCUCCUCAUGAUCCUGCUUUUAUCAACUUCUUCAGUUCUGCGAGGUCUCUUGGCAACACUUCGGCUGGAUCGGCAACUGGACCACCAUACAUGUCAUCAGCAAAUCCUCACCAACCUACCAUCCCCCCUGCGGCAACUGCACCUCCACAGACAUUAUCACCACCGCCUCUACCAUCCUCCUCUCCUCUAAUGCCUCUUUUCGACAACAAUCCUCAUCGUAUCAGUAGCAACUCCAACGUUCACACAGAUUUGGUGUCGCCGUCCUCUGUCUUUGGACCCCCACGGAUGAUGAUGGCACAACCACACCUCAUUCCUGGUUCAUCUAUGCCCUCUGCUCCUCCCCUGAACCUUAAUAAUACGACUUAUUACCAGCAGCGCCCACAUGGUACUCCGAUGCUUCAGCCUUUCCCACCACCAUCGCUCGCUCCUGCUCACAGUGGCCCGGUUAUCAACAGAGACAAAGUCAAAGAAGCCUUGUUUGCGCUUGUUCAGGAGAAUGAAUUCAUCGACAUGGUGACCCGAGCUUUACAAAAUGCAAAUCAACCAUGAAGCUGAGCAGGGUCGUUGGGGUUUGAUGUAGACUGUAUAGUUAAAACGUAGUUUAGUUUAGUUAGUUCUCUCUUUGAUAACCUUUUUUUUUUAACAAAGUGUUAAUUGUUGGAACCUCCUUAUUAUAAUCAACAUUUCUAAUCA